GCUAGCUACUAUUACAGAGUGCAAAAAACAGAGGAAACUCUCAGUUAUUACACUCUUUUUCAAAAGGCUAAAGAAAAAAGUGCCUUCUCUUUUUCUUUUGCCAAAUUCUUUUUGCUCUUUUUUUCUCAACAUGGGUUCUUGUAAAGAAGAAGAAAAAACUGAUCAACAACCAAAAUGGUUAUGGGUUAAUGGACCUAUAAUAGUAGGUGCUGGACCUUCUGGUUUAGCAGUUUCAGCUUCUCUUAAAGAAAAUGGAGUCCCUUCACUUAUUCUUGAAAGAAGUGAUUGUAUUGCUUCUUUAUGGCAACAAAAAACCUAUGAUCGUUUAAAACUUCAUCUCCCUAAACAGUUUUGUCAACUCCCAUUAUUUGGUUUUCCUGAAAAUUUCCCUAAAUACCCUUCAAAAAAACAGUUCAUUUCUUACUUAGAGGAUUAUGCUAAACACUUUGGUAUAAUUCCCAAGUUUAAACAGUCUGUAAAAGUUGCAGAAUUUGAUCAUGUUAGUGGAUUUUGGAAGGUGGAAACUCAAGAUUUUUUGUAUCUUUCAAAGUGGUUGAUUGUGGCUACAGGGGAAAAUGCAGAGCCAGUUAUACCAGAAAUUCAAGGGAUUGGUAAGUUUAAAGGAACAGUAAUGCAUACUAGUCUUUAUAAGUCUGGUACUGAGUUUAAUAAUCAAAGGGUUUUGGUAAUUGGCUGUGGAAAUUCUGGUAUGGAAGUUAGCUUGGACCUUUGUAGACAUAAUGCCAUCCCUCACAUGGUCGUCAGAAAUUCCGUGCAUAUUUUACCAAGGGAAAUGUUAGGGAUAUCAACAUUUUCAAUAGCAAUGGCACUUCUCAAAUGGUUGCCUAUAAGAGUUGUUGACAAGUUGCUAUUACUAGUAGCCAAUUUGACCUUAGGUAGCACAGAUAAGUUAGGUCUCCGGCGACCAAAAACCGGUCCACUUGAACUGAAAAAUGCCACCGGAAAAACUCCGGUACUCGACGUUGGUGCAUUGUCACAAAUAAGAAAUGGAAAAAUUCAGAUUAUGCACGGUGUGAAGGAGAUAACUAAAAUAGGAGCAAAGUCUAUAGAUGGAAAAGAAGGAGAAUUUGAUUCAAUAAUCCUAGCAACUGGAUACAAAAGCAAUGUUCCUUCUUGGCUUAAGGGAACUGACUUCUUCACAGAACAAGGGAUGCCAAAAACACCAUUUCCUAAUGGCUGGAAAGGGGAAAAUGGAUUAUACACGGUGGGGUUUACAAGAAGAGGGCUUUUAGGGACUGCAAAUGAUGCAAAAAACAUUGCCAGGGAUAUUAGUGAUCAAUGGAGGAAAUACAAGGGCUUCUGCAAAAAUUUUUGUACUUCAAGAAAUCUAUCAGAUAGCCAGGGUAUAUGUUUUUAGGUUUACGUUAGGAUAUAAAUUUUUCCAAAGGAUCAUAGUUUUGGAAAAAUAGAGUUAGGGUUCAUAAAAUUGUAAUUUUAUUUCUUCAAUAUUUCAACAAGAGGAAAUUUCUUCUUCUGUGCUG